AUGUGCUCCGCAAGCCAGUCAUUAGAAGCUCCGUGCCCUUCGCGGUCUUCGCCGCCAUUGCCACACUUCUGGACCUCCUGGCACCGCCGAGCCCUGGGGCGGGAGAGGGUGACGCCACGGGCGAGGACGAGACCUUCCUGCUCCAGACCUCCACCGGUCCCUUCUCGGGCAGCUCCCUCUUCGCCAAGGGCUCCGCGGGUCUCUGGGAGGCCGCGGCCGUUGCUUUGCUGCUCCCCCUCUGCGAGGUGGCCUCCCGCUCCGUCGCCAGGCCGCGAGCCACCAAGAAGCCCGCGGCGCGGGCCGAGCCGCGCGGCGGGCGCCCGCGGCUCAGGACGCCCGCCGGGCUGGAGGCCUCCCCGGGCGGGCGCGCGGGCUUCGCCGCCGAGGAUCGGGGUUCGAAGUGCCGCCCGUGGUUGGCCUGCCCACGGGCUGCACGCCGCGCUGAAGGCGGGCGACCUGGCGCGAGCGGAGGCGAUCGCCAGGCAGAUGGGGGCGGAGGGGCAGCAACCGUCGGUCGUCAUGUACGGCGCGCUGAUCAACUCGUACGCCAAGGCCGGCGACUCCGCGGGCGCGGAGAGGUGGCUCACGAAGCUCACGGGCGCGGGGCUGGGGAGGCCCAACACCAUCUGCGUCAACAUCGUCAUCAGCGCGUGCGCGAAGGCGGGUGACCUCGCGCACGCGGAGGGGUGGCUCGAGAGGAUGCCCGAGCUCGGCGUUGAGCCCGAUCAGAUGAGCUAUAAUGCGGUCAUCGACGCCUGCGCUCGCGCCGGCGACGCCGACCGGGCGGAGAGGUGGUUCAACGAGAUGUGGCAGUCUGGGGCCGAACCGAACGUCAUCAGCUACAGCUCCGUCGUGCACGCGUGCGCCAAGGCUGGCGACAUGGGCCGGGCGGAGUCAUGGCUGAGGCGGAUGGAGAAGGACGGGGUCACCCCUAACGUGAUCUGCUUCAACGCGGUCAUCCACGCCUGCGCCAAGGCUGGCGAUUGCGGGCGGGCAGAUUGGUGGAUCGACAAAAUGGCGGCGCAGGGAGUGCAGCCGACGGUGAAUACCUAUACCUCGGUCAUGGACUCGCUUGCCAAGAGCGGCGACAUCGAAGCCACGGAGAGGUGGCUCGUACGCAUGCUGCAGGAGGGUGUCGAUGCCGACGUGGUGUGCUACAACAUGCUGCUUGGUGCCUGCAACCGCUGCGGCGACAGCCAUCGCGCCCACGUGUGGUUCAAGAGGAUGCGCGAGCGUGGCGUUCAGCCCAAUACGGUGUGCUUCAACCUGUUGCUCAACGUGUACGCCCGCAGCGGCGACGUUGCAGGUGCCACCGACUGCCUGAAGCAGAUGCAGGAGAACGGCACUCCUCCCGACUCCGUGAGUUUCAACACCGUGAUCAAGGCUUGCACGCGCAACGCCGAUUGUGAUGCGGCGGCCCACUGGUUCGAGGAGAUGCAGAAGGCGGGUGUCCAGCCAGACCUGUUCACUUACAACGCCCUGAUCGCUACCGGGGCCCGUGCGAAGGAUCCGCUGUACGCGGAGCGCUGGCUGGCCCUCAUGCUCGAGAGGGGCGUCGGGGCCGACGCCGUGAGCUACACGACCUGCAUCGACGCCUGCGCGCGAGCGGGCCACACGGCGCGAGGCGAGAGGUGGCUCGUGGCCAUGGAGGAGGCCGGCCUGCAGCCGAGCGUCAAGAUCUACGGCACGCUGCUGCACGCCGUGGCCAAGCAGAGCGACUGCGCCAGGGUGGAGCGGCUGAUGCAGCGGAUGCACCGCGUCGGCCUGCAGGCCAGCAGCUCCAUGUACAACGCCUUGAUAAGUGCCUGUGCCAAGCGCGGCGAGGUCGAGCGCGCAGAAAAGUGGCUGAACCAUAUGACCAAGGCCGGCAUACCUGUAGAUGUGGUCACGUAUUCGACGGUGAUUCACGCAUGCGCCAAGUCCAGUGAUCUCAAUCGCGCCGAGCUGUGGAUGGAUCGCAUGCGCACUGCCGGUGUCGAUGGAAACAGCGUCACCUACAAUUCGCUCAUUAAUGUAUGCGCGCGCGUCGGCGACGCGGACCGCGCCGAGGAGUGGCUGGCACAGAUGGAGAAAGCGGGUCUCAGUCCAGGGGUGCUCACUUACAACUCGUGGCGGAUCAAUGCGUGCGCCAAGGCCGGAGACUCCGCGCGCGCAGAGGCGUGGCUCCCGCGCAUGCAGGCGAAGGGCGCGCAACCCGACGGCGUGAGCUACAGCACCGUCAUUCACGCUUGCGUGAGGUCCUCCGAUGAGGAGAGGGCGGUGUACUGGCUGGGCCAGAUGCGCGAGGCGCGCCUGACGCCGAGCGCAUCAUGCUACGAGUGGGUGAUCCAGGCGUGCGUGCAGGCCAGCAGUCUGGCAAGCGCCGAGCGCUGGUUGGCAGCGGCGCUGGAGACCACUGCCGUGAGCAACAGCACCUGGACCAGGUUCAUCAACAAGUGCGUGCACUGCAAGGACUUCGGCAGGGCGGAACGCUGGAGUAAGGAGAUGCAACGUAUCGGUAUCGGAUCAUCGCUUGCUCGGCCUUCCAGAGCGUGA